CCAUCUGUCAUUAUUUUAUCAUCAUCUGUGUCAUUCACAAAAACCCUUUGAUUUCGUGUAACCUCCCAUCCCUUCAACCCCAAAGAUAAUCCCACUUUUUUACUCAUCUAUCUCUUUGUAGCCAUGUCUGAGGGAGAGAAGGCUUUGCCUACUGUAUCAAAAGAUGAGAAGUCUGGGGCAGCUGAGAAUAAAAAAUCUGCCGAGUCUUCCUCCACAGAAGCACCAUCAGGAGAGGGGAGGACAGCCCCUACUGCUGCGGCUGGAGCUGGGGCUCAAAAUCCCUUCGAUUUCUCAGCCAUGUCUGGACUACUUAAUGACCCGAGUAUCAAAGAACUAGCAGAGCAGAUAGCAAAAGACCCUGCAUUUAAUCAGAUGGCAGAGCAGCUUCAGAAGACCUUUCAAGGUGCGGCAGUGGAAGAACCUGCUGUCCCUAACUUUGAUAGCCAACAAUAUUACUCUACAAUGCAACAGGUUAUGCAAAAUCCUCAAUUUAUGACCAUGGCUGAGCGGCUUGGUAAUGCACUGAUGCAGGAUCCAUCCAUGUCUGGCAUGCUCGAGAGUUUGUCUAACCCUGCUCAGAAGGAGCAACUUGAAGAACGGAUGUCACGCAUUAAAGAAGACCCAUCCCUGAAACCAAUCUUGGAAGAGAUAGAGAGCGGAGGACCAGCUGCAAUGAUGAGGUAUUGGAACGAUCAAGAUGUUCUUAAGAAGAUUGGUGAAGCAAUGGGUUUUGCUGCCGCAGGAGAGGGUGCUACCUCUUCCGAAGUACCUGCGCCAGAUGAAACAGAAGAGGCAAAUGAAGAUGAAUCUAUUGUUCAUCAGUGUGCUAGUGUUGGUGAUGCAGAGGGCUUGAAGGCUGCACUAGCUGCUGGUUCUGACAAAGAUGAAGAAGAUUCAGAAGGAAGGACAGCAUUGCAUUUUGCUUGUGGAUACGGCGAGGUGAAGUGUGCUCAGAUCCUUGUUGAAGCUGGGGCAAAGGUUGAUGCUUUGGACAAGAACAAGAACACUGCUCUUCACUAUGCUGCUGGAUAUGGUAGGAAGGAAUGUGUAGCACUGCUGCUAGAGAAUGGAGCCGCUGUCACUCUACAAAACUUGGAUGGAAAGACGCCAAUUGAUGUUGCGAAACUCAACAACCAGCAGGAUGUCCUAAAGCUGCUUGAGAAGGAUGCAUUUCUGUGAACAGGCAAGGCUGUUGGAUCAUGUACAAUUGAAACUUUUGGAUGUCACAGAGUGAGAUUCAAGCCACAGUACUUUGAGGAGUUAAGGGAUCAUAUCCAUACUUGAUGUGUUAUCUUUGCCAGUGUAUCAUUUUACAAUUUUAUUGUUUUUCUAAGAUUGCCUGUUCAAAGUAUCUCCUCUGGAUGUUUUGUAUUUGUAAACAUCUUUGCUACCAUGUUUACAUUAACUGUUCGACAAUUUUUUCGCGAA